CUAGAAGUUAAAACUCUAAGCUUUAAUCUAAUUACAAAAAAGGUUUAUAGACCUCAAAAUUCAUAUUUUAUAGAAAAUGAAAGUUUAAAGCUAAAUAUUGAAGAAUCUAUUCUUUUUUUAAAAAAAGAAGAAUAUCAAGUAGAACAUUAUAACUAG